CCACGCAUCCAUCCAUCCUUGAGUUUGGUCUGCUCACUGGUGUGGCUGUGGCGUCACGCAAGCCUACCAAAAAGCUUGGGGAUUUCCUCCUCCUCUUCUCCACUUCUGAACCUUCCUUCUUCCUCCUCUCAUCGAGCUCCCCCACAAGCAAUCUUCUUCUUCUUCUUCUUGUUAAGCAGUGGUGGUGGCGCCAACUCGGCCGGCCGGACGCGGCACGCACGGGGAUCUCAUCUGAAGAACCUUCCCUCCAGGCAGACCAGGCAAGUCGUCCGACCGAUCCAUCCAUCUUGGGGUUCGAAUCUGUCGUGGUGAUCGAUCGGUCGAGCUCCAUGAUGAAUGUGCUCUCCAGCGGCAACCCCCAGAACCUGCGCAUAAUCCAUCAGCACGACAUUUCAUUAUGUCCACGGCGGAGCAGCUCGGCCCAGCUCGCAGUCACCGUGCACCCUCCUAGCCGCACCAGGAGGCCAUCCUCAGGCUCCUUCCACCGCGGCGCCGUCGUCCCGGUCAGGGCCGUCGCCGACGGCGGCGGCGAGUCCAGCAGCGGCAAAGACGACGACGACGACGACGACGAAGAGAAGCGAAGAAAAGACGACGAGGAGGGGACAUCGUCGUCGGCGUCGAGGCGGAACCGGGAGGAUCUGGAGCGGCUGGUGGGGGCGCCGGCCGACGACGGCUUCAGCGGGCUCGACCUGGCCACGCUCAUCCGGAAGCGCUACGGGCGGAGCUACGACGUGACGCUCAUCCGCAAGGAGUUCAUGGGGCGGAACCUGCUGGCGAUGAACGUGAUGUGGAAGUACCGGGAGCAGCGCUCCUUCCCGCUGACGGAGGAGGAGUACCUGCUCCGGCUCGACGACGUGGCCAACACGCUCCGCUCCUGGGGCGCCGUCGCCCACGUCCGCAACUCCCUCGAGACCACCAAGGACCGCCCCCGCAUCGGCAAGGCCGUCAGCAUCUUCAUCGACGUCGACUCCGCCGGCGGCGGCAACCGCUCCGACGAAUGGAUCUACAAGUGAACUAACAUAAUCCUGAAUUCAAGACCAUAUAUGCGUGCAGCAGACUACAUUGCGUACACAUGCUCGUAUAGCCGGACCAAAUGAUUCCUGCGCAGCACAGCAAAUUAUUCUCACGCAGCCUACAUGCUGAAUUAUGAAAUCAAACAAUCGGUUGAUUCAA